GUUUUACUCAUUCCCAUCUCUCUCUCUCUCUCUCUCUCUCUCUCUCUCUCUCUAUACAGUGUGGACUCAUUACUCUCUCUCUCUCUCUCUCUCUGUAAAAUCAAACCAGAGCUCAGCUCCAUCCAACCCCAAAAGCCUCCUCCUUCCAUGUAAUGUAAGAAAAAUAUCUUCCCACCUCAUUCAAACCUUCCCCCCCUCUCUCUCUCUACCUCCGUCCGUCAGUAGUCUUGGUCCCGGUCUCUUCUCAUUGGUGCUUUGAUCGGCAUUUGGAGAGGGAACCGUCUGCCGCCUCAGAUCGGAGCUGUGUCGGCGGGUUCAGUGGUGCGAGGGGCGAUUUGAGGUCAUCGGCGAGCUUACCGGUCGAUUUCUGCUGAGGGAUGAGUACAAUGGGGAGGCAGGGACAGAGAUCUGGCGCUACCGCUGUGCACCACCAGCGGCAGUACUCUGACAACUUCCUUGAGAACUCCUCCAAUGGGAGGUGGCUCCAGUCCGCUGGGCUCCAGCACUUGCAGUCCUCAAGCACCUCCAUUCCUCCCCUUCAGGAGUAUAAUUUCUAUGGCGGUGGGGGAGGGCAAGGAUCAAGAAUGUUUCGCAAUGUGCAGAGGAGCUACAAUGGAGCUAAUGAAUUCUUUGUGGAGCCAUCCACGCCUCCCAUGAACUCAAGGUCAUCAAGCCAAAGAAAGAAUGGGGAGGACUCGCCCAGCGAGUUCAGUCCUGGACUUCUGGAUCUGCACUCCUUCGAUACUGAGCUUAUUCCUGAGAUGCCUACCUCUGGCCUCUUUGAUGGGCCUUCCAUUCAUCAUCCUGUUCGUGGUAGAAGCUUUGAUGAUUCGGAACCCUUCAUCACAGGCAACAAACAGACCACCAGAGUCCGUGGCCAACCAGAGAAUAACCUCUUGAAAAGUUUUGCUGCAGACACUGGCAAAGCAAGUUCUGUUGCAAAGAUCAAAGUAGUGGUGCGAAAGCGGCCACUUAACAAGAAGGAAUUGGCUAAAAAUGAAGAAGACAUCAUUGAGACACAUUCUAAUUCUCUUACAGUUCAUGAGACAAAACUUAAGGUUGACUUGACAGAAUAUGUGGAGAAGCAUGAAUUUGUUUUUGAUGCAGUGUUAAACGAGGAGGUUUCAAAUGAUGAAGUUUACCGCGAGACUGUGGAGCCCAUAGUUCCAAUAAUUUUCCAAAGGACUAAAGCAACUUGCUUUGCAUAUGGCCAAACAGGCAGUGGGAAAACAUUCACUAUGAAACCAUUGCCCCUUAAAGCAUCACGAGACAUAUUGAGGUUGAUGAACCAUACCUACCGAAACCAAGGAUUUCAGCUGUAUGUUAGCUUCUUCGAAAUAUAUGGAGGAAAACUAUUUGAUCUUCUGAGUGAUCGGAAGAAACUUUGCAUGAGAGAAGAUGGAAAGCAGCAAGUCUGCAUCGUGGGAUUGCAAGAGUAUCGAGUCUCAGAUGUGGAGACAAUUAAGGAGCUCAUUGAGAAGGGAAGUUCUACUAGGAGUACUGGCACAACAGGAGCCAACGAGGAAUCCUCUCGAUCUCAUGCCAUACUUCAGCUGGCUAUCAAGAGAUCCAUUGAUGGUAAUGAGUCAAAGCCUCCUCGCGUUGUCGGCAAGCUUUCGUUCAUUGAUCUUGCCGGAAGUGAACGUGGUGCCGAUACCACUGAUAAUGAUAAGCAAACAAGAAUGGAAGGUGCAGAAAUCAACAAGAGCCUACUUGCACUGAAGGAAUGCAUCAGAGCUUUGGACAAUGAUCAGGGUCAUAUUCCUUUCAGAGGGAGUAAAUUAACUGAGGUUCUGAGAGAUUCCUUUGUUGGAAAUUCACGGACUGUCAUGAUAUCAUGCAUUUCGCCGAGCUCUGGUUCAUGUGAACACACACUCAAUACCCUAAGAUAUGCUGACAGGGUGAAGAGCCUCUCUAAAGGAAACAAUGCUAAGAAGGAUGUUGUAAACCUAAAGGAAUCAAUUAGUGUGCCCUUGUCCUCUGUUGCAUCUAAUGCAUCCAAUUUUGAGGAAGAUAUUAACAAUACAUGGGCAGAAGAAACGGCAGCAGAUGACUAUGAUUUUUCUGAAGAGUCGUAUGAGCAAGAGAGACCCACGUUGAAGAAGAGCAGUGGGAGGUUGGAGACCUUCAAUCUCCCUCCUCAACAGGAAAGGUCACAGAGAUCCAACUUCCAGAACAAAUGGAAGGACCAGCAGAAAGUGAAUGCUGGCAACACCCAAGCGGAGGAUGAUCUCGAUGCACUUUUAAAGGAAGAGGAAGAUCUUGUCAAUGCUCAUCGGAAGCAAGUGGAGGAUACUAUGAACAUUGUUCGAGAGGAAAUGGAUUUGCUUGUUGAAGCGGACCAACCAGGGAACCAGCUAGAUGACUACAUGAGUAGAUUGAAUGCAAUCCUCUCCCAGAAGGCUGCAGGGAUUCGUCAGCUGCAAACCCGCUUGGCUCAGUUUCAGAAGCGUCUCAAGGAUCAUAAUGUCUUGGUCUCUUCUGCUUACUGAGAAGGCUAUAGACCCAACAACUCUCUGAUAGGUACAUUGGAGUUCUUGCUCAAUGGUGUUAUUCGGUGUUCUGAUGCGCUUCUCAGGGUAUGACUUCGGCAGGAGGGGACAUUAUUCAUUCCCUUCCUUGAGUUGGUUUGCUGUGAGACGAUUUGCUGGGAUGAUUAAUCUCUGUAUUUCUGAUAAAGAUAAUCUCCAACCUGAUUUGGAUCAUCUCCAACCUGAUAUGAGGGGUUGGUGUAUCUUGUUCUUUCAAUUUUUGGAUCAGAAAGCUCCCUUUAAUCUACACCGCGCUGUUUUACUCAUUUGUAGCAAGUCGGAGGAAUCAACAAAAACACAUGCUCUGUAAAGCUCAUCACUUGGUUCCUUGCUGAUGGAAUGUUAUCAUUGUUUGGUAUUUGAUCACUUCCGAGUGGGAUGUGGAAGGAUUUACAAAUGAAAGAUGCCGUGAAUGUAAUUUAUUUAA